AUGAAGAUAAUUAUGAAUUUAAAGAAAAAGUUAUCGAAGGCAUUCAAAAUGAAGGACAUGGGAGAGGUGUCAAAUAUACUUGGUAUGCGGAUAACACGAGAAAAAAAUAGUAUAAAGAUCGACCAAUCAAAAUAUAUUGAAGAUGUUUUAAAGCGUUUUGGAAUGUUUGAUUGCAAUCCCACAACAACGCCAAUAGAUGUGAAUCAAAAACUUUCAACUUCAAUGUGUCCCAAGAAUCAAAAAGAAAUUAAAGAAAUGUCGCAAGUUCCAUAUAUGCAAGCAGUUGGAUGUCUUUUGUUUGCAUCACAAGUAUCGCGUCCAGAUAUUACCUAUGCUGUAAAUAUGUUAAGCCGAUUUAGCAAAAAUCCUGGAAAAGCUCAUUGGGAAGCCGCAAAGCGGGUAAUGCGAUACCUCAAGGGGACUUUAGAUUCACAACUUGUUUAUAGAGCUGAUUUGAAAGAAUCUAACAUAAAAGGCUACUGCGAUGCAGACUGGGCCGGAAAUAUUGAUGAUCGACAAUCAACCACCGGAUAUGUGUUCUUGCAUCAAUCAGCAGCUGUGUCAUGGGCAACUAAGAAACAGAAGACUGUAGCUUUGUCGUCAACAGAAGCUGAGUUCAUGUCUUUAACUGCUGCGAUACAGGAAUCUGUGUAUCUAAAAAAAACUCGAGAUGGAGCUUAA